GAUGGGAAACGACAGUUCAGCUCUCUGUCUGCUUUGAGUGUACCUCACUUCCAGGUAUCUCCAGGCUGACUUACCACACUGAGCCACGCUAGGACACUAACUUCUACUAUACCUAGAUUCCCACUGGAGGACACUACGCUGAACAAAAUGUCAGCUUUCAGCAUACGAAAACAGUCUCCUAAUCAAAGUGAUAAUAAAAGUCCCUCCAUUGCAAUUAAAAGCAGACAACAGGCUACUCAUGAUAUUAAUAAACGACGGACCCUUUUGCAAGAUAACAGCUGGAUAAAGAAGAGGCCUGAAGAGGAAAGUGCUGAUGAAAACUAUGGAAGGGCUGUGCUUAGUCAAUACAAAUCCCAAGACAGCCUACACAGUAGCACAAAUGAAAAGGAAGAACAGAAAGCAGUACUUGGACGAUACAGGUCUGAUACUACCUUAGACAGAAUUCCAGACAGAAGUGAUAUUGAAAAAAUAAAUAAGUCCCCAACUCUGAAUAAUAAGCAAAGCAACAGACAAUCUUGGACUCCUAAUGCAGCAUCCACAAACACUGCUGCAACUUCUCCAAUCAAGAAAAAAAGGCAAUCUUGGAUGCCUCCUGCAGUUCCAAGUAGUAAGACCAUGACAGAAACAGUGGAAACCAAAUGGACCACUUCUGAAAAUUCAGAGGCUCCAACAAUGACUGCCUUUCCAUCAGAACAGGUGACCCCCCAGAAAUCAAAGACUGAUAUGGACGAUCAAGCUACAGCAAGGAACCAAGAUCUCGAUAACCUCAUCAAAGUGAAUCCAAGUUCUUUCACAAGUGACAAGAAAGGAAAAGACCUUGAUGAUUCUACUGAAAUAAAUACGGCUGGUCAGAAAAAUAACAGAGAUGAGGACCUUGGUGAUCACACUGAAGUAAAGUCUGCUGAUGACCAAAGUAAAAAGUGGACAACUGAGCAAGCAUAUGAAAAUCGUCCAAGGGCUCCAAACAACCUCCUAGAAACAAACUACUCCAGUGACAGUGAAAGAAAGACCAGCAAAUCACCAUAUCGUGGCUAUGAAGAAAAUAUAACAGGAAAUACUAUCAAAACUGUUUACUCUACUUCUGAUCGGAGUAUAAUUGGAAAAGAUAUAUGUACAUACUGCAGGAAGCCCUUGGGCAUAGAUGCCAAAAUGAUCUUAGAUGCCUUGCAAAUUUGCUGUCAUUCAACUUGCUUCAAGUGUGAAGUAUGUAAAAGACCACUGGAAGAUCUUAAAGCAGGAGACAGCAUUUGGAUUUACAGACAAACUGUGCAUUGUGAGCCUUGUUAUUCCAAAGUUAAAGAAAAAUGGAUCUACUAAUUUUGACAUACAGAAAGCAUGAUGAAGUUCCACUAGUAUUUAGUUAAGUGUAUCAGCCUGUUAAUUCAACCACUAUGGAAAAUAUGAUUUUUUUUUGUUGCUAGGAACAAAUACUCUAUAUGCAGUCCUACUGCAUAGUUCCCAAAGGAAUUAAUUUCAUGAGUAUUUAGAUGCCUUUUCAUACACACAUUCAAGGAAUUAAACCAAGAUAUUGUUCAUAUAUUCAUCAGAUCUGUGAAACUGAUAAACCGUACGUAAAACUAACCAUAAUUUAUUGAAAUUUUCUGAACUACACAUAUGUUUUGAAGGGGCUGUGUUCUCUUUACAGAACACAUCUCCUCAGAUCUAAAGAUCUUUAUACAGUCUGCAUGGGAUUAAUCAUCUCAUCAAAGAUUAGUCAUUUAAAAGUCAGCUAUCGGGUUUAAACUAUCUUCAUACAGAGUGAAGUGAGUUCACCCUGUACUUUUGAGGAGAGACAUCAAUCUCUAGACAAAGAUUCUUCCCAAGGAACUGAAAUGAUAACUUCAAGAUGGAACAAGUCAUCUUUGGAAAAUGCAUCUCUAUUACUGCAGAGGGAUUCUAGACAAAUAUUGUUAUAGGGUUUUAAUUAGAAGUAUCCUGCUCCAUGUUUGUAAAUCUGGUAAAAAUUGUAUUACCAUUUUUUUUUAAGAAGCGUACACUUAACAGUUGCCAUGAAAUCAUGAAAUACAGACUUUGUGUGACAUUAUGUUGCUGUAUUUAUAUUUCCUACUUUAUUAAGCUGACUAUCUAGACACUUUGGAUGGAUUGAUCUGGCCUAAAUUUAAAGACCUGCAGUGUAAAUAUCUAUUUCUAAGUUAUUUGAUCUAUUCUGUCCUUAUAGUCAUAUAGAGAAGUAGACAUUUUUAGGAAGGGAUUCAGUUGGUCAGAUUGCAAACAUCUAUUUUACUGUGAUGUUAAUCAUGUUCUCAACGUACAUCUUACUUUCCAUGGUUUGCAAAGGAACCUGGAGUGAAUAGUUCAGAUUCCUAGACAUCUACACUAGGCCAGAUAAACUCCUUCCUUUGAGACUAUGGUGAAAGCAUUUUUUUUUCCUUUUGGACAGAGUAUGUGUGUUAAAGUACAGAAACUGAAAGAAGAGUUCGUGCUUUGUUAUAAUGCGUUUCCGCAACACUCAAUAGUUACCUGCCUUAUUUGCCUAAAGUAAUUAAUAGUUCAGUAGUUUACUGGACAAAGUGCUGACUACUAGUGUCUGCCAUGAGAUGUUUUAGAUCACAGUUAUUCAGAACUGAUUUUUCUCCUUUACUUCUCAGCUUAAAAGGACUUCUUGGAUAUGACCAUGACAGAGUUAGAGUGCUCAGAGGCUGCUGGACCUGAGCAAGAGCUUAGAAGGGUGAAAUGUGCAAAAGCCACAGGUUAAUAUUAGACUGUUGAAUGGCUGUCGCAGCCAAACUUUCUCUCCUCUUCUGCACACUCAGUAGUGGAGAUGGAAGGCAUGGAUGUCUGUGUAAUUUAAACCGUUGGGCCUACAGCUGAAUAAUGAUGCAAUCUGUCUUGCCUGGCUUAAAGGAUGCUCAGACUGAUAUGCAAAGGAGCCAGGAAACAGUAGGUAGUUUGUUAUUUUAUGAAAAAUUCUUAUGAAUUAAUGGCAGUAACUUUAAUAAACCUGUUAUUAUAGAUA